GAGUGUGUGCGACGACGCCGCGAGGAGGGGGUGUUCGCUUGAUGUCAUUUGGCAGAAGGGGAGGCUGAGCUAACGGUGGGCACACGGGUGGAAAGCAUAACAAUAACCGUUACCGUUUCUCCGGCCACAUUUCGAGCACUUUUAGCCUGUUUUUAGGUAUAAAUACACGCUGUGAAAACAAACUAAAACAGGCAGCACUCUGAAGAUAAGAAGGAAAACGGAGCGGAGGAGAGGUGAAGCUGGACUGAAGGAGUACCAGAUGCUGUUCCAGCGGAGAGAAGGGGAUCGGGCUCGGAGAAGCAGAAGCAGACGGUGAUGGGUUGUCGUUUUCCUGACGGUUAGCCGCCAGCUAAGCGUUGGACCUUUGUUUAGAAAAUUGGAGUGUGUUUUGAGAAGGAAAAGGAGCCCGUUUGACGUCUUUUCCUCACUUUAGUCUGACUGACAUUGCGUCUGAAAUGCGGUCUCGGCCGUCGAGCAGCCUUUGGGCCGCAGCUCGGCACACCGAGCCCGAAUCUGUGAAAUAGCUAGCUAGCUCCCUGCUAGCCGCAAGCUGUACCCGAUGCUGCUGUUGCUGCUAAACGGAUCAAGGAGACAACACAAGGGCCGUGGCGCUGAGUGAGCUUUUGUUUUACCCAGCUGGACUACAUCGGGCUUUUGAGAUGUGAUGCUUUUGUUCGUCGUUUUUGAGCCUUUUGAAGCUGGAGGCUCGGACUUGUUUGAGACGAAGGAGAAGCUAACGUUGCUGUGAAAUGAGCAGCAGAACCACAACAGCUGAAGGGGGGCGAGGUUAGACUGAUAACAGCCCACCUUGUUGGAUCUCCCCGGGGUCGUAUUUGGACUACAACCGCUUCUUUCUCUCCGUGUCACCCCCGCUUUCUCUCUGUCAGCUGGCGAUAUGGAUAAACUCACCAUCAUUUCAGGAUGUCUGUUUCUGGCAGCAGAUAUAUUUGCAAUAGCCAGCAUUGCAAACCCAGACUGGAUCAACACUGGUGAAUCAGCAGGUAAACGAAGCGGGCCAUUCAAAAAACCUCCACGGCUUUGUGUCCCCACAUCACAGGAUCACAGCCGAUCGGAUAAUCUCCACUACAAUGAUUUGUUUCAUUGUGUGGAUGAUUUCAUCUGCAGUUGCAUCUUUUGUCCUCCACAGCUGUGCUUGUAGGCAGCUUCUUAUACAGGGUUGGGUAUCGUUUGAUUUUGAACGAUAACGGUUUUGAUUCCGAUCCCUCGUUCCGAUUCCGAACGAUUCUCUAUUCCGAUUCUUUUAAAAGGCAGAAUAUUUAAAAAAUGCAUGGUUUUAAAGAGGGUGCUAACCAGAGUUCUUCUUUUUGGAUGUAAUUUCUGAACUUCUCUGAAUUUUUUAAUUAUAUUAACUUUUUAAGAACUUAACUAUGAAUUUCUUACAGGGUUAUUUUCAUGUACAAGGUAAGUACAAGGGCUAACGUUAGUUGGACAUUUAAAUUGACCCACCGUACACAGUACAAUUUGUUUGCCGCUUCAAUGUUAGCAGAGGACAGAAGUAAUUUAUUGUUUCACUUAUCUGAUUCUGGCUGGUUAGCGGAAGACUGGUGUUGUGCCGUAGAAUGCGCCCCCUGUUGUAGAAUACAUCCCCUCCACUCAUUAGCUUCUUAAAGUGGAAGAAAAUGAUCUCAUAGAUUCCAUCCAACGGCAAGAAAAACUUGGAUUAUUUCGCCUUGUUAUGUGCUUUCAACUGUGCUCCUGUCAGGGGUUCAUUCUACAACACUGGGAUUGUAGAAUGAGCUGGGAUGAUAUGCUUUUCUACCGAUUCAAUUCCUCUCCAGUUUUUGGAUGCCAAUUUGAGUUAAAUUGGGAUUCUACGAUAUUGUUAAUUUUCUCGAUUUUUAGUCUGCAUUUUUAACACCAGUGAAACAGAUACAGUCACAUCAAAAAUGGCAAUAAAUACUCUUGAAGGUAUGAGGUAGAGACGGAAGUAAUUAGUAAUGCCCCAUGAUCAGAUUUUAGAUUAAAAUGCUCCCUUGCUUACCCCUUACCUUCACUUAGGUGAUGGUGGCCCUCUUGGACAAAAAAGCCCAGCUGAUGCAUGAUAAGUAUGCGCCUCCAUAUGUCAAGUUUUAACCAUCAGAAACGUCUUUCAAACAAAUGGUGCAUCUCAAAUUAUCUUUUAUAAAAUGCAAAAGCAAAUGCUUCUUGUUUGUCCAUUCAGUGCCGCUGUAGAAACAUGGCGGUGCAAGAAGCAGCCUCUGUGUAAGGGGACCUGACCCAAACACCCAUUAUUUUUCAAUCUAUAAUGAUUUUUUUCAGUAUUUUCUCUGUUGACUAACCAAUUGAUUAAGCAGCUGAGCUUUUCUCCACUAAAAUUAGGCAAUUGAGCUUUACUGGUGACUUGACAUUUUCAGCGACCUCUCCAUGAUCGUUCUGAUCAAUCACUGUAAAAGCCAAAUCAGUUGCUUGUUAUCGGUGCAUCUGCGGUAUUUGAACAAAGACACAUGCAGUAAAUCCUGUGAUUUAUUUGUGUCAGCCCUUAAAACACACUCAGGCUAUUGAUAGACAGCUGCUCCUCUUUGUUCGCUCUGCAGAAUGACAGCUUAGUAACUGGGUCAGGGAGGGUCUGCCAUCCACCAAUACACAUUGAGGCAGUAUUAGCAGAAUAAACAGCCCAUGCAAGAGUAAUGAUAGGUUGCAAAUGGAACAGGGCCAGCAUUUACAGUACAUUACAGUUGGGUUUACUGAAGGGCAAAUAAUUGACUUUAGUAUUUGGAUGAGUUCAUAUGUAAAAGGAGCGUGCUGCAGCUCAAAAAAGGCAUAUUGACUUCCCACCAAGAUCAGUUCAGCUCUGCUGUACCUGCACGGACAGAGAGAGCAGAGCUAUAUUUAUGCUGCAGUGUUGUUACAGUGUGGGUGUUGUUGUAGCGUGGGUGUCAAACAGCAGCUAACUUCCACCUCUCUUCUCACUUCCCUUUUCUUUCAAUGCUCCCUUUGAUCGCUGUGAUGUGACUUUUCUUGGAUGGUGUUGUAGGACGAGAGCCCCCACUCCACUCCCUCCUGCCUCCUUACACCAAUUUGCCUCUCAUUGUUCUGGAAACAUGAGAGCCGCUGUCUCGAAGUAUAUAAUGCAGUUUUUCAUUCUGGUCUCCCUUUGUAGAACCACAAUUAGUUAGCUCGCACAAAAGGUUUCCAGCUUGCACGGCAGGUUGAUACGGAAGUCCUUAGUAUUCAUGCAUCCACUUUACUGCAACAGCAAAUAAGCUCAAUUGUUUUCUUAAGAGCUUGAACUGUAACUGAAAAAAACUGUAGACGUCUUGAGCCAUCAAACAACUCCUUUUGAUCAUCAAGGCUACCUCAAAACUGCAAAUUUUAAAGGGAUAUUUCGGCAUAAAAUUAUUUAGGGUCAAACACACCGUAACACCGAGUUCGACGCCCUUCUAGUUAAAUCAACUUUAGUAAUGACCGCAGGACAGCAUUACAGAGAGCCACACUCAACCAAAAAGCCACUUUAUAGCCACAUAUAAUGCUCAGAACAGCACCUAACUUCAUCAACAGUACAUAUAGGGUCACAGCCAUAGUACUAGUCACCAAAUUUCUUUAGCAAAGAGACUAAACACAACUCAUCUACUCUCUUCCAGCAGCCGCUUGCUUGUACGGAGACCUCCGGGCGAGUCCAUCAACUGCAGCAAGGUGACGCAGCUCAAGGAAGAACAUUUAUGAUCAUUUCCUUGAAGUAAUAAUCAUCAUAUUCAUCAUUUUGCACAGCAGACGCGGUAGUUCUUCUGCCUUAGCAUCUCAGUCUGAUUGCAUUUCCAUGAAGAAAUGAUCAUAAAUGUUCUUCCUUGAGCUGCGUCACCCCGCUGCAGUUGAUGGACUCGCCCGGAGGUCUCUGUACAAACAAGCAACUGCUGGAAGAGAGUAGGUGAGUUGUGUUUUGUCUCUUUGCUAAAGAAAUUUAAAAAGAUGUUUGGUGGCUAGGACCCUAUCUGUCCUGUUGAUGAAGUUAGGUGCUGUUCUGAGCAUUAUUUGAGGCUAUAGAGUGGCGUUUUGGUUGCUCUCUGUAUUGCUAUCCUGCGGUUGUUACUAAAGUUGGUAUAACUAGAGAAGCAAGCGGUCGGCAUCUCUCGAUGGGGUGUCUAUGGGGUUCUAUCCAGACUAGAGUUUUAGUAUGAUUUCAGAGUAUACAUACCAGGUAGAAAAGUUAAAGGCAGAAUUUGACAUUACAACGGCUAGUGUGAGCAACAAGAUGUUCAGCACCAGUUAUAUGUGAUUUAUGUUUAAUAAGAACUGCAAGUUGGUUUUUUUUUUUGAUAAGGGCAUGACUCAUCAGGGAAGGACCCUUUUUGACUGAUAAGACCACACAGUGAGUAGUGUCUAUUAUCAUUCAGAGGAAGUGUCUUUGCACACACAAAAAAAACCACCCCCUGUUUUAGUCCAGUUCUGUCUGGAUCUGAGAUUUGUCUGAUUUAUAAUUUUACAGUUUCUGUUUGUCUUUUGUCAGACUGAACUUUUUAGAUGUCAGGUUAGAUCUCAAAUCCAGCUGAAUGGGACUCAGUGUAGUUAUUGUUUGCAUCAGGUAGGAGCCUCUAAAGAAUUUUCUCAUUGUGUUGCGUCCAGUCAGCUGAUCUCUGGUCCUGCUUUGUUGUCAUUUUAGGGGUUUGGGCUUGACAGCCUUCACUUGUAGGAGCUCAGCAUGUUGUCUUUAUACUCAAAGCGUGGAGAAACAGGCAUGUUCCUCAGGGCAGCGGAUAAAAGCAAACCUCUCACACACAGUGUUGAUGUUUGCCUCCCGCUUUAGUCAAGUGAUUAAAUCAAAGCUCCUUUUGUGAGGUAAUCAAACUUCCACACAGAGAUUCUGCACAUUUGAGGAAAGAGAAGUCACAGAGACGCCGAAAAAAGCACAACAUGGAUUCAUGACACUGUCCUCACGUCAGUGUGAUAUCCUCAGGCAAUAACAGCUGAAGCUGAUUUCCUGUGCUGAGCUUCAAGACAAAGCCUUGGUCUCUGCCGAGUCAGACACAAACUGAUUCCUCCCUCCCACAGCUACUUGUCACCGCUGUGGAUGGCCUGAAUAACCUCGAGAAGCCACUCUGUAUCUGCACACACACUCUCACACACUGAAUGUGUCACCAUAUCCAGGUACAGACGAGUUUCUAAACAAGCUGCUGCCUUCAUGACCAGAAUGGUGAGAGAUUUUCACACAGAAGCUCAUUUGAGUUUUUCUUGAGAUCCUGCAGUUUUGGUGAUUGGAUCCAGGUGUUAAACCUUUCACAUUUACUUCAGGGUUCAUAUCAUAGUGGCCAGUUUUACACUUGUCAACAGUGCUAAGUGGAAUAUAAAGAGAUAUUCCAGCGUUAAAUUAAUUUAGGGUCAAACACACCGUAACACCGAGUUAGACGCCCCCUUGAGAGAUGAAUGUUGCCGACCGCUUGCUUCUUUAGUUAUACUUUAGUAACGACCACAGGAAAGCAAUACACAGCGGUCUGAGGAGCCAUAAACAAAUCUCAACCAAAACGCCACAAAUAAUGCUCAGAACAGCACCUAACUUCAUCAACAGGACAUACAGGGUCCCAGCCAUAGUACUAGCCACCAAACAUUUUUUUAACUUUGCCUAAUUUCUUUAUCAAAGAGACUAAACACAACUCACCUAAUCUCCUCCAGUGGCUGCUUGUUUGUAACUCGGUGUUAUGGUGAGUUUAACCCUAAAUUAAUUUUAUGCCGGAAUAUCCCUUUAACAAUAAAGUUAUACCAUACUGAAUUACUGGCUUAAAUCUACUUUUCAGUGUUUUCUGUACGCAGAAAGUGAAGAUGAAAGACUGUUACUGUUUGAAUGACACAAAGAGGCAGCGCUGAUGGCAAGCCUUUAAGUUAGAGAUGACAAAAUACAUUUAGCAUUUUUAUCAUCUUGAUUUCAUCACCUUAUCAUCAUGGUUAUAAAUAAUCUCCUCUCCUCAGACAUUCUCCCCCUGCGGCAGAAUACAUUUAUUACCUCAAACACGAGCGAUUCAGUAUCACUUCUGUGAUGAUAAACUGACAAAUUUGUUUUCCACUCAGUAGGAAGAGGAUGCAUUUGCAUAUGAAGUCAGUUUUUGUUUCUAGGAUGUUUAUCAUUCCAUUUUUUGAAGCUUUUGUCAAGUUCAAGGGAAAAUGUAGGAUACAGAUGUGCAUAGAUAGGCAGAAUUUGUUAAUAAUGCCGUGAAAGAUCACUACUCUUUGUUUGUUGCUCAGUUUGGCACAAUCUGGUGAAGAUGAACUAACAGAAUAUCAAGUGUAGUAUCACUUUACAGAGCACAAGGACACACACGGUCAUUGAUUUUAAGUAACUGAAACCAGCAUCAUCAUCACGGUGCAGAGCUGCAAAGAUGCAAAGCCAGCAGUUCAACCUGAACCAAGAGGCAAACACAAACUGUGAAUGUGUCUUUUUAAGGUGGCGUUUGUAUGAAAGGAAAAGGGCAGCCAUGCUUGAAAGUACUUUCUCAGCUGAGAAUGUUUAAAGGGAUAUUCCAGCAUAAAAUUAAGGGUGAAACACGCCGUAACACCGAGUAAGAUGCCCCUUCUGGAGAUGAAUGUUGCCGACCGCUUGCUUCUCUAGUUAAACUAACUCAAGUGAUAGCAAUACACAGCGGUCUGAGGAGCCAUAAACAAACCUCAACCAGAACGCCACAAAUAAUGCUCAGAACAGCACCUAACUUCAUCAACAGUACAUAUAGGGUCACAGCCAUAGGACUAGCCACCAAACAUCAUUUUAACUUUGACUAAUUUCUUUAGCAAAGAGACAAAACACAACUCACCUACUCUCUUCCAGCAGCCGCUUGUUUGUAUGUAGACCUCAGAGGGAGUCCAUCAACCGAUGUGGGGUGUCGCAGCUCAAGGAAGAACAUUUAUGAUCAUUUCUUCAUGGAAAUGCAAUCAGACCGAGACGCUAAGGCAGAAGAACUACAGCGUCUUCAGUGAAAAAUGAUAAAUAUGGUGAUUAUUUAUUCAAGGAAAUGAUAUAGAAAUGAUCAUAAAUGUUCUUCCUUGAGCUGUGUCACCCCGCUGUUGUCUGUAAUGGACUGGCCAGAGGUCUCGCUACAAACAAGCGGCUGCUGGCAGAGAGUAGGUUAGUUGUGUUGAUGAAGUUAGGUGCCGUUCUGAGCGUUAUUUGUGGCUAUAGAGUGGCGUUUUGGUUGAGGUUUGUUUAUGGCUCCUCAGACUGCUGUGUAUUGCUAUGGUGUGGUCGUUACUAAAGUUGGUAUAACUAGGGAAACAAGCGGUCGGCAACAUUCAUCUCUCGAGGGGGGUGUCUAACUCGGUGUUACGGUGUUUGACCCUUGCUUAAUUUUACGCCGGAAUAUCCCUUUAAGGCCAAGUAGAGGAUAGGAUAAGGAAAAAGUACACUCCCAUUAUCAAGAUAAGAAACUCUGACUUAUCUCGGUGAUGGGACAGUGUUUAGUAAAAAAAAUCUAUUCAGAGCUCUGAUAUUUAACCGUGUUAAGCAGAAAGUGUCAGGUUUUUAUUGAUUAAGGGAUAAUUAUGUCGUUAGAUUAGAGAAACGGCUGGAAGUUUUAAUUUAGAAAAAGUUAUCUCAUAAUUCAGAGAUAAUUGUCUCAUUAAUUUAGAAAAACAGAGCAGGUUUCUGUUUUUGCAAGUAAAUGCACCUCACUGCAGCUUUAAUCAGCAGUUUUUACUCCCUAUUAGAGAAGAACUUUCCCAGAAUUCAUCAUGUCCACUUUUGAAUUUGAUUCGAUUUGAUUCCAGAUGUUACUCAUGAUCGUAAAAGCGGCUGGAUUUCCUGUUUGUCUUUAUCUUUCUGGAUGUUAGGUGAGAAAAUGUUGCAUCUGUUUCAGUGUGUGUGUGUGUUACUCAUCCUCUUGAGUUCGUCUGCAGUGUUUUGUUUUCAACUUUGAGCCGUCCACAGCAGCUGUAUCCCACUACCUCUACGCUGUAAGUGGGCGCCGCCAACACCUCCGGCAUCAGCGGCAGAAUAAGCAUCGUUGUUAGCCGCCUUAGCCUGCCUACUUGACGCCCACUACGGUUCAGAGGCCUGUUUGACUCAUCCCCCCCAGAGCUUUAAAACUGCUGCCCCCCCCGUGCUCCACUAAUGACAACAUCAUCAUGCUGAGGAUGAGCAGACACAGACCUCAUUUCCUCUCAUUUGGGCUGAGACAUGGUGAGAGGAGUAUUUUGAUCACAGGGCGCGCAGAGGAGGCUGCAGGGAAACAGAAUGAUGGGAUGAUGUGGAAAAUUAGCCUUUGUGAGGGACAAAGGAUGUUGUGAUCUCCUUCAGUCUGUCUUAAAAUGAGUCAAAUCAUUGUUUACUAGUGUGAGAGACACAGAGAGGUCAUGAUUCCAGUCACACGCAUUCACCUCAAGUGAUAUCACUCGUCCAGACUGCGAACUGCUGCAUCACUCUCACACUCAGUUUGACCUCUCCGCUCAAUAUUUAUCCACGACCCACAGCUGAACCAUCACAGCACGUCCUUUUUCAGUGCUAAAGGGCAGAUUUGUUGAACUGCCUUUACUUCUCCACAGGUUUUUAUUUUGAAGGGGCUGGGGGCACAACUCAUUCGGAUGUACUUUUCAGUAUCCUCCUCAUAUUUGAGAACAAGUCUGGUAUUUCAGGAGCUAAAGGCAGUGUGGGAAUUGUCUCCCUGAUAGACAGCAGCACUCUUCUUUCUGUCUGAAUGUGGAGCUGGUUGGUAAAGUUUGAGCUGCACAUGAAUAUUAAAAACCGAAGGGGGACAUCUAGCUUGGUCUUGUCUUAGAUGGAGUAGACUAUCUUUCUAUCACCAUCUCUAAAUCUCACCACUGACAGCAGGUUUUAUUGUCUGAUGAGUUUAUUAGGACUGGGACCGUAUGCUUUUCUCCCAAUUUGAUUCUACUACGAUUUUUUAGAUGCCCAUCGAUUUAAAUUGCGAUUCUAUGAUAUUGUCGAUUUUCUCGAUAUUUAGUCUGCAUUUUCAACAACAGUGAAACAGUUGAAUGAUUACAAUUGUCUACUAAAUAUAACCAUAUUUCCCCAAAAAGUACAUACCAUAUAUGUCAGUUUUUAAGAUUUAUUCUUAAAUUUGAAAAAAAAAAGAUUUUUGAAUGAAAAAUUUGAUUUAAAAAUUGUAGAACAAAAAAUUGCAAUACUUAUGUCAGUAGUAUAGUCCAUACAAAUGGCAGAUUAUGACUGAAUUGUACACUUAAUUUUGUAUUUUGUGUUAAGCUACUUUAACAGGACCUCUGACACUGGAGUGAAGAACUUCAAGGGAUAGGAAUCUAGGGUCAAACACACCGUAACACUGACUUAGACACCCCGUAGAGAGAUGAAUGUUGCCGACUGCUUGCUUCUCUAGUUAUACCAACUUAAGUAACGACAGCAGGAUAGCAAUACAAAGCGGCCUGAGGAGCCAUAAACAAACCGCAAGCAAAACGCCACUCUAUAGCCACAAAUAAUGCUCAGAACAGCAACUUCAUCAACAGGACAUAUAGGGUCCCAGCGUUAGAACUAGCCACCAAACAUCUUUCAACUUUGCUUAAUUUCUUUAUCAAAGAGACUAAACACAACUCACCUACCCUCUUCCAGCAGCUGCUUGUUUGUAGCGAGACCUCUGGCCAGUCCAUUACAAACUACAGCGGGGUGUCACAGCUCAAGGAAGAACAUUUAUGAUCAUUUCCUUGAAGUAAUAAUCACCAUAUUAAUAAUUUUGCACUGCAGACUAGGUAGUUCUUCUUACAUAAAGAAAGUGUAUUUUUUUAGAUGUUCUAUCUGCGUUUGAUUCUCACAUUCGUCCAAAAAUCCAUGUUCCUCUCUGGAGUGCUCUCAGGGUGUCUACGGCUGCUGCAGUGUUGCGUUCAUGUCAACAUUUUGACACUCUGCAUGCUCAACACUCCCUUUUCCCUGUGUUCAAAUGCGGCUGCAUUUCGAUGAUUUCAGAUCUAAUCCAUUAAAACAAGAACAUAGUGAUCGCACAAUGUCGUGCAGGACUGAUGACUGGCACUGCACAUCCUGCAAUGUGGCACAUGCCCACGUCACAAUUGUGAUGUUCUAUCAACAUACUGUUCAGCGUUGGCGGCGUGGUGUGAUGCUCCACGAGCCAGAUGGCUUUGCGCAUGCCUUGGUUGCAUCAGUGGAGGCGUGUUGUUCAUAUACAUACUAUAUUGUACACUCAGUCUGUAGUUUUGCCUGGUUGAGUCUGUCUUUUGAACAGAGAGAUCCUUCCCAUAAUGUCAGGUUGUGUGUGACAAGCCAAGACUGUCAAAGUGGAAUUGAUCGCUCCAGAGUGGAAACUGUGUAUCACGGACACAUCGCUGUGUUUGUUUGUUUAGCCGGUUGUUGUGUUGUUUACCUGUGUCUGUGGACCAUAGCGUGCCUGCCUGCUGUCAGGCAGGAAUUCCACAGAGCUCUUGUGAAACAGCGGGAGGCCCGAGGAUCUGGGGGAAACGGUUAUAAAGAGGUGCCAUUAACUGCAGCUUUUAAACUUUUGCCUCAUGUUUCUCGUUCCCCGGCACCGGUCCUUGCUUUCUUUACCUCCUCCUCUGUUUUUCGCUCAAGGUUAUUCUGUUUCACUGAGCUGACUUCAGGGAGAAAAAAAAGAGCUUACGAGUGAGCCUGUGAGAUAUUCAGGGACCGUUUUUGUCAGGAGCCAUGACCUUAAUAUAUUUCUUUUCAAUGUCAUCAUUGCGUAAGUGUUCUGAAUGCCCAGAACUGAAUUGCUGUAGUAAUAAGGCGGAGGAUAAGAUGAAAGUAGAGUACGGCCUAUUCUGGUCGUCUUGUCUGCGAUAAAACACGUCCUCUUAUUGACAGAGUGGGUCUGGCCUUGAGGGUCUGUUUUUAUACAUGUAACACUAGAUUCAGAGUCCUCAGAUCUGACUUCAGUGGAGUUGGUGUGAACCGCUUUGGCAUUGUUUGUUUGGGUUCCUGUACAAUCAGUGUGUUUUAAAGGGGGGGGGGGCAGGAUUUCCUCUGGACCCACCACACCUCACUGAAACCCUGUCCCUCCUCAGGUUUCUCUUUCCUGCUCAAACACCUCCGAGUCAGUGGGUUUGUUGUUAGCAGCAUCAUGCAGUACAUGACUUAUGUAAACAUGCAAAUCUUUAGCAGGUUAUAAAACGUCCGGAUACAGGUGCCAGACAGAGCAAGUAACAUGCUUGACCUUCUGAAAUCCCAGCUCGCACACUUUCCUCACGCACACGCCGCCCACCUGCUGAGCCUCUGUGGAGUUUUCAUCAUGUCGCCCACACAGGCCAGCUCUCUCGGGGAGCCGGUGGUUUUGUGGUCAGUGAAGCGGUGACUGUUUACCACCCAUUAAUUUUUUUUCUUUUCUCAGACUCUACUGCAGAUAAAUGUCAGAUACAUUAUGCACUUGUUUGUCCUUUUGUGAGAAGACUUAAUGCUGUUAAAGUCUAUAGUUAGAAUCAGCCAAAGCAUCUGUUUUUAUAUCUGAGUCUUUUUUUUUUUUUUUGUGGGAAAAGUUUAUUUUAUACUUUCAUUUCUCUCGUUUUUUUCUGCAGUAGAGCACUGAGACCAAAGUUUAGUUUAUGCUCAUGUACAAAUGAACACCUGGGAUACGAUACUCAGUCUGACUUACUUACUCUUCCGGUGCUCACCCUCGAUUGGGACUGUAUUUCUUUCUUUUUGUGCGUUAUAAUAACUGAUGUUAAUGGUUUUUAAAGAAUAAGAAAAAAAAAAGUGGUGUAGCCCAUCUUGGCCGGCAUGUCUUCAGCACAAUUUACAGAGUAUGCCGCUCUGUCAGACUAAGGACCGUCUGGCUGAAGUUGAGUGGUCUUUACAACAUGAUUGGCUGUUGGUCCUUUGUUUUUGUAUUUUAUUUUGUGUUAUCUGUAAGAGAGGAUAAAAUUAUGAUGCUUGGCAACACUUAACCCUGAAUUUCCACCGCAUCCGAAACAGAUUACUAAUUGCGAGAACUCACAACGACCCGCGGAUUCACGUGCAAUCGUGCGAUAACGGGUUGUCUCUAUAAAGACAGACAUUUAACCAUUUAAGCAGUAGAUUGUGUCCUUCCAGCGUAGGAAAUCUACUUCUAGACUUUUAGAAUCAGCAUCUCCUCAUUCAUGGUGUCAUCUGGAUGAAAUGCUGUCUAAAAACCUUUCACUUGUUCAUCCCCGCCCGUUUGCAUGGUGUGAAAUACGAUCCUCCUGAAACACAUAGUCUUUUAUUUAGAUUUAUGUUUUAUUUUGUGUCUGUGCCCGACUUCCUUUCCAGCACGGGUUAAUCUGCGCUGAAUUUAUCCGGCAUGCUCCAGCGUCGGGAAAAAAUAGAACUCUUGAUCAACUGCGGAGUCCGGCGAUCUACAGAGAAAAGGAAAUUGACACGUUAACUUGUAUGGUUACGAUCAGCUGCGACUGGUGGAUACGGCCUUUGCGUAGCUGUUCGGGAUGUGGAGGAAUUUUGGGGUUAAUGCUUUUUGAACAUCGACAUGAGUGUGCACGAUAAGACCUGGUGCAUCUACAAACUGUGUUACUCAGUCUCAGUGCUCUUGCACGGACUAAAGGUACACAACUUCAGUUAAAAUGAACACACUACACAUCAGCCAAGUGUGCCCCACAUGCUUAUGGCCCCGCUUAUUUUUCUGAUGAGUCUUUUCACUCCCCACACUUUGCCUUUCUCUUGACCGAGACCUCUGAUCAGCAGAGCUUUGAGUGGUUGGAUGCUGUUCUGCUUACUCAGGUGGAAGCUCCCCUCGAGGACGGCCUCUAAUUGAAUGGCGUCCCUCAGGAGCCGCAGCACCAGCGGAGCAUGUUCCUGCUCUGAGUACUGGCCUUCACACUUGGACACGAGCAGCGCUCCGCUCGUGCGUCAGAGCGAGGCAUUAAUCCAUUAGUCUCUCUGUCUUCUCUCUCAGUGAUGGAUGGUUCUGUUCAAUGUCAAAUCCUGCUGUUUCAUGUGAAAUCUACACAUUUAAAGAUCCGAGGAGGCAGAGGACGGGGAUCCCUCUUAGUCAUGUUUUCAUAGAGAUUUUGAGCCCCUGCAGAUUCGUCUGAUAUCUCUGCAGCCUUUCACAGACAGUGUCUGAGUUGAGCUCCAUACCUGCGUGGGAUAGAUUCAGUAAUUGGCAGGAUUGAUUCAGUCCUCUCCAUCUCUCUCUCAGUAUGAAGGCGGGAGAAAAAAAGUUUGCUGGCCAAAUUGGGCCCACCGGUGUGGAGCGAGCACUCCCCAGCUCCUCGUCUACACCGACCGGUGACAAAUUAGAGAAGCUCCUCUCGGUCCUCUCUGCUCCUUCACUCUUGUUGGGUCGCCAUGCUUUUGUCUCCUCCUUCCUCGCACCUUCUCCAGAAUUCGAGGCUCUAAUUUGUCCCCUCCUCCUGGGUUAUCUUCACUAUAUUUUGCUUUUUGAUAAAUUGGCAUCACAACCCAAACUCAAGCUUCAGUUUCAGACCUCUGAUCAGACCCUGUGUUGUGUAGAUGUCUGAUUGUUCUGUCUGGAUGAAUAAAGAUUCACUUUGUCUCCACAGGUGCCCUCACAGUCGGUCUAGUCCGGCAAUGCCAGACCAUCCACGGACGGGACCGGACCUGCAUCCCUCCACGGCUGCCCCCUGAGUGGGUCACCACACUUUUCUUCAUCAUCAUGGGCAUCAUCUCCCUCACGGUCACCUGCGGACUGCUGGUGGCGUCGCACUGGCGCAGAGAAGCCACCAAAUACGCUCGCUGGAUCGCCUUCACCGGCAGUAAGUGGGAAAAAGAGACAAACAAACGCCGAAUCGAAGAGUUGAAGCUCACAAGCGCGACUUCUCUCUCUCUUUCUGAAUCUGUCCUGACAUAACCUUUCGUAAAUCAUCCUCGCCACGUUUUCACGAUCACACUGUGUCGUCCCUUUAGGGCAAGAAAUAUUAAAAGGAGGAGAGAGGAGCCUGAAAUGGUGUGAAAAUCGGUCUCAGCCUAGUUACGGCUCGCUAAUUUGGAUGAUAAGAUGAACUGUGACAUAAAUCAUCGGAGGCUUUACACAGGAGCUUUUGUGUUGCUGUGAGUGACGUGAAGAUCUGUGGGCGUGUUGUGUGUUUGGUUGCAUAAAUUUGCACAAAUAUGAGUGUUGUUUUUUGCCUGCUGGAUGACGACAACGACGUCGACUCUUUGCUCCCUGGAGCUGAUUUGUUGAGUAAUGCUGCUCCUUUGGAACCCGAGUGGGUGGCUCGCGUUGCAGGCAGCGCCGUUUUCUCCCUCUUUACCUUCGACAUCAACACUUUUUUUUCUCUUUUUUUUUUGUGUGCAUGAUUCCUGCAUUGAUGCACUUCUAGCACUGACAAUAACUCAGCAUCCAUCUUGUGCAACUGCUGCUGUUGUGUGGGAGUUUGACAGGGAAUUAGACGGCCUGAAGCGCUCUCUCUCUCUCUCUCUCUCUCUCUCUCUCUCUCUCUCUCUCUCGAUGUGUUUUUAGAGGGAAUAGCAGAGCGAGGUGUCAAACCACAUUCCUCUGUAGAAUUAGCUUUACAUCAAGCUCAAACACGAGGCUUUGUUUAUUCUCCUCCUCAGUGUUUUGCUCUUCAUAAUUAGAAUUUGUCUCUUCUUCCUAAUUGCUCGAAAAUUUCCCGAUGUUUUUCACUUCCUUCCCAGAAAGCCCAGAGCCCCCUCCGCAGACCGUCCAUCCGAUGAGCAAAUCUCUGUCGCGAGCUAAAUUGGAAGGCAUCGAGUCAUUGUUUAACGAGCUCACCCGGAGGAAAGUGAGGCGGUUUCCAUGGCAACAGUGGGAAUUUUUUUCACCCUCGUCCCCCUUGCUAAAGCUUCCGUUGGCCAAAUUAGAGACGAGGUGUAUUAUUAGAACAGAUGCUGAUUUAGCUUUUUGAAGGGAUUGAACUCUUAAUGAUGAUUAUCGCUUUAAAUGAGGAGGUGAGGCCCGUGAUGGGGCAGGUUUGUGAUGAUUCAAAGGUAGGAAGAAAUUUCAGUUUAAAUAAAGUUUUGGAAAACCCAUUAGUCGACGCUUCAGCGCUCCUGAGAUCCUCAGGUCUCACUAAAACCCGUACGAAGCGUCGGAGAGGCUUUUAAUUCCGCCUGAUUUUGCUGAACUUUUCUUCUCGCUCGGAUGGAAGACACCUCUCUCCGCUUUCAGUCAAGUAGAAGAGAGGGUGAGAGGUUAAGUGAGGAAACGGGGCGGGGGCUCGAGAAGAGUCGAGUAAACAAGGCGAGCUGAGUGAAUAAUCAUGUUUGCGGAGGUCAGGAGCGGAGAGGUGAGCGGCGCCAAUGUAAAGACAGAAACGGACACGCUGGAGUAAAGUGGAGUCGGGGUGAUUCAUUCGGGGCAGGCAGGUGAUGCAGGUUGAGAGGAGGUGGGCAGACUGCAGCGUAAAUGGGUUCAGAUCAACAGGACCUGAAUAGGCGGCUUUGUGUGACCCGCAUAGACCGGCCUCUGUGUCUUUAUGCAAACUAGCGUACGCGUCUGAAUACCAUCAGCGUUUCCGUCAGGUAUGACGAUCAUGUGUAGGUGCAGCAGAGGUGGACUGCUCAUUAAAAUACCUGUAACAAUACGUCUGUGCUGAAAUGGAAAUAAUAGAAUGACAAGGUAUCAGGUGCAACACUUGAGUGGGCGUUUCAGGAAGGCUGAUCAAGAUCCAGAUCCAGGUCUCUCUACACAAUUUUAGCCCGUUUGAGACUAAUCGGUAAUCGGCCAAAACUCGCCAAUUUUCGCCGAUAUUUUCAGAAAUAAAAUGCAGAGAAUAAGAUUCGGUUUCACUUCGAAAAUGUUCUGCCAAAUUUGAUUUUGGGUCCCUCUAUUUCUGCCAAUAAUAUUGAUUAUUGAUCAUUCACAUACCUUCACAAAUCUCUUUGAUUAACAUUCCCUGACAUGCAAACAUACCUUUAUCUAAGCGUUUUUUUCUCUUCUUCCUCUUGCUCUUCUCUGCUCCUGAGGGAUAUGUCCUUUUUUGUGACAUUGUUUUGCCCCACAACUACCUGAACUUUGGAUGCUCAGUGCACAUUUCACAGCAGGAGGAACAUAACGGUAGCGGAGUCUUUGACAUAUCAGCAGUAAAGAUCAUAGGCCUACAUCAGCUGCACCAUCAGAUUGUUUUUUACUUUAUUUUAUUUUUACAAUAAUAUAUAUUUGAUCAUACUGAAAGCAUCACUCAUACAUGCAAAAAAUAAAAAAAAUAUAUUUUUUUAGUAAUGCUCUUGGGGGCCCCCUACUGGCUUCGGGCCCCUAAGCAGGUGCCUAGUUCGCUUAUGCCUUGGGCCGGCUCUGCCUCAGGUACAAAGUCUACUUAAUGUUUGAGUGAGCUGCUUUGUUUUGAGGACAUGGUGUACAGUAGCUGCUUUGUACUCUUGUACCUGUUUGUGACGUAUGUUGUUCCACUCUGUCUUAUGUGAGGUAUAGACCAGAGAUGUCCAGACUUGAUUAUCUGGACAUGGUCUGGUUCUGGAGUUGAUUUUAUUUCACCGAAUGGACAGAGACAGGGAUGUGUACCAUCACAGGAGUGGUGCAUUUUACAGCUGAGAACGGAUCUGUAUUAGAGAGGAUGUUUUUGACUUUAUCUGUAAAAUGUUUGAUCUCCAAAAACACCAAAAAUAAGUGGAGUCAAAACUAAAUUUUUAGGUUUCCUGUAGGUUGAAGUCACAAUUUUUGAAAGUUUAUCUACUCUGAUCAGCAGAUUUAUCACUAUAAAGGUGAUGGAAAGCAGAAAAUCCUCACUUUUGAGGGUCUGGUGUUAAAAAGUUAUAUUUUUUACUUGAUCGUAUAUAUGGACUUGUUGCAGGUCUGUUAUUUAAAUACAACUGAGUAUUACUGAAUUGAAGCGCAGUAACUUUGAGUCAUUAGUUUCAUCAGCCGCAGGUGAGCAGGGCGGCGUAUGUCAUCACUUUCAGCUCUGAAGAGAAGCAGCAGAUCACGAGCUUCACUCCAGGAACCUCUCAGGUGAAUCUUGCAGGAUUAACACUCAGGAACAUCUUCCUCCUGACGCCACCUUAGCGUACCUGUCACUACAUCCUUUAACGGGAGGUAAACAGAGCAGGCGAGGAGACAAAAUGACAGACGUAAACGUUUGCUCGUGAGCGCUCGGUGAUGCAGGAUUUAUGCUCAGUGGGAGACGCUGAAUCUGCACAGCAUGCCUCCGGCAGCUCGUGAACACCUUCUCCUCUGGUUUGUGGUGUAGCUGUCAUGUUGAACAAGAGUUUGACUGAAAGUACUGUGGGCAGCGCUGGUAUCGUAAAGAUUUCCCUCUCUUUUUAAUCCUUUAUAGAAAUAAAACUUAAAGUAAUGUUGCAGCUCCAUCCUGGAAAUAGUGCUGGUGUUGCGGAGGAUGUAAAUAAAGAGGCAGGACUGGUUGUUUGACUUGAUUUUAUGCAUUAUUAAAAUGUGAAAACACUUUAAACCUUCGGAUUUGUCUGGUAAGCACUUAAAUUGUUGGUUUCGCAAAAACAGAUACUCCUGUCUGCUCGUUUUAUCCGACAACACGCUCAUCUCACUGAGGGUUUUAUCCACAGCGCCCACCCCUUUUGUUAAAUAUUUAAGCCACAAAAUGUCUUUUAAUCCCAUUUAUGCUACUACAGACUUCUCAAGCUGCACAAAAUGACAAACUAUUUAAGGAAACAUCAGUGAGGUUUCUUUGAAAACCAGGAAAGGGCGUCCCUCAGGCACCAAGCGGCUCUGAAAAUAUGCCGGUUAGAAAGAAAAAGUGGAGGCUAAAAAUGGUCUCACUCGCUGUCACAGAGGGGAUUUAACACUAUUGAGGUGACUGAAAUAAUUUAACACAGUGUCAGUUAACUCUGAAGAGCGGUUAUCAACAUGCUGCUAAAGAUAACCGCUUCAGGAAGAGAUGCUGAUUGAAAGUUAGAGUCUGCGGAGUCACCGAUCCAUGCUUUAUAACGUCCCACAGUUUUCUGUUCAACAUCAGUUUGACUGAACGCUUUACCUUUAAAUUCUUCGAAUGUUAAAAAAAAAAGGAAGUAAAGGGAGCCGCUCUAAUUAGCGACAGCUCACGCCUACUUCCUGCACAGCACAAUAAGACUCGGUAAAGACGUCACCGCUGACCUCUGCAAGCAGGACACAAGCUGCGUUCAACAUCACAACAAGCUCGCUCUUUGUCUGAGGGGAACUCUCCCUCUGGGAAGUUCUUUGAGGCCCGUGACGAAAUGAAAAAGACCGACUGAAAUGUGAGAGAAUGACUCUGCAAAAUUAACAUCCUGAUGGAGCUGAAAUCUCACCAGUUUAUUGUUAAAAUCUUCACAGAUCAGGUCCUUUAAAGGCUCGGUUGACGAUUUUUUCCAUUCUUUUUUUCUCUUCACUUUGUGGAGAUCGCACUAUAGGACCAUAAUCACCACCAAAACAAGGUUCGUAAUAAUUAUCAAUAUCUCCAAUCAUCAACUAUCCCUUUAAGCGUCCUAUCUUAAUCUCAUGUAGAUAAAGAAGUCACCUCUGCGCAGUCGGACAGUCCCGGUGAAGGAACCACAGAAAUAUAAUGUGAACGUUUACUCCUCCUGUGUCUCAGCGUGGCAGCCGUAGAAACUAUGACAACUUCAUCAGCAGCAGUAAAUGUGCGUCCUCCUAAACCCCCCGUGACGUUUGCCUCCUCUGAACUCUAUUUCAGUUCUCGACUCUCUUCCAGAGCUGCAUAUAGCUGAAUAGAAAGCUUGAAAUCUGAUUACAGAUUUGCUCCUUCGAGCAUGUAGAGAAAUUUUAAACCGUGUUAAUCAGCCGGAGGUGGUAGAAAGAUUAUUUACGGUUCAUAGAGAGACAUUUUGUGAAACUAGAAGUGUGUAAAUAGUUUUGAAGUAAUGUUAAUCUGUGGGAACCCUCAGCUGACCCUCAGUAGAGGCUCAGAUUUGAUCAGAAGGCCGAUGUUUGAAGGUUUUCUAUCCAGAGAGUUUAGGUCGUACACUUCAGCUCCAAGAUGGAAGAGUUACUGUAAAAUAUCGUACAGUCAAGUACCCUCACAGAAUAAUUCAGGCCUUUUGUCUCCUCUGAAGAUGGUUUUUGUUAGAAAAGCAGCGAGUCUGUCUCUCCUGAGGGAACAGGAUGAUGAACUGCCCGGCUCUUGUUCUGCUGAGACGCUCUGAUUAUUUCAGCUUUCACUCUGACAUUUACAUUCAUCAAGAUAAUGUAUAAGAUCCAACAUUUCAUCUUUUUUUAUAUAUAUAUAUCUGAAAUGAGGAAUCUUAAAGAGACAUAAAUACUCUGCUGAUGAGGGCGUGUUUCAUCAGUCUGAUGUGAGUAUCUCCUCCUCUGAGAGCUCUGCUGUAAGUCACUGACUGAUCUGAGUUCAGCUCUCACUCUGACAUUUGGUGUGAGUCAGUUUUUUGUUUCCUGAGGAGAAAAUGAAAAAUCUCUCACAGACUGAAAUCUCGUUUUUGUGUCACAUCAUCUCGAAGGAAUGCAUUUAUUCUCACACUCUUCCUCCUCUUCUUCCUUUUCUCUCAGUCCUCUUCAUCUUUUCCCUUUUCCUCUCUUUCCUCAUCUGUCCCCUCUUGCUCUUUCUCUUCUUUAUCUUCCAAUCUGUCUUCUCUUUCCUUUCCUUUCUUCCUUUGUCGCCUCUAUUUGUUCAUCCUCUUCCACUUGUCCUAUCUUCACAUCUUCAUCAUCUUCCCCUUCAUUUUUUCCUCUUCUUCGUCUUCUCUAACUCCCUGCUCUGCAUCUUCAUCUUUUUCUCUUCGUCUUGCUCUUAAUUUGUCCUCCUGGUCUUCUUCAUCUUCCUCCACCAUUCAUUUAUCCUCCUCUCCUUCCUCUUCCUAUUUUAUAUUUAUCAUUCUAUUGCUUCCUCAUCUUCUUCAGCUUCUCACUUUUCAUCUAUGUCCUCUUCUUCUUCAUCACCAUCUCUCUCUUUCUCCUCUUACUCUACCUGCUUUUCUUCUUCAUCUUCAUUUUCAUCUUGUCUUCCAUGAUCUUCAUCUUCUUAGUUUUAUCAUUUUUAAAAACAUUUUUUUUUUUCAUGUUUUUACUCACCUUCAUCACCUUUUUCUCUCCCAUUUUCUCCCUCUUUUUCAUAUUGUCUCGUUUCUCCUCUUCCCUUUCUUCCUUCUCCUUUUCUUAUUUUCCUUUUUCUUGUUCUUCUUUCUCUUCUUCUGCUUUUGUAUAAACUUUUUUCUAUCCUUUUUUUUGUCUUUUCCUGUUUUAUUUAUAAUAUUUCUGUGUUAAAUAUCAGCAGCAGAAGUUUAAUUUCAGUUUAAUUCUCUGGACCUCCAGAAGAAUAAAAACAUCCUGAUUUAAUGAUUUUUUCUUGAUCUAAUUCUUCCUCUGAUUCUUUUUAAUGUUUUUAUUCAUUUACUUGAGUUGUGUAUUUUGUCUCAGCUGCUCUUGAACACACCUGCAGUAUUUACAAACAUUUUCAAACAGUGUGAGUCUUUAAUGUGACAACAUUAUCUUCUCUGUCCUCGCAGUGAUCCUGUUCUGCAUGGCGGCGCUCAUCUUCCCCAUAGGCUUCUAUAUCAACGAGGUGGGGGGCCAGCCGUACAAGCUGCCCAACAACACGGUGGUGGGCUCGUCGUACGUGCUCUUCGUCCUCUCCAUCUUCUUCACCAUAGUGGGACUUCUGUUUGCAGGCAAAGUUUGCCUCCCGGGCUGAGGACACGAGCGUGCCCGCCUCUGGACUGACGCAGGAGGCUCUGAAAGUUUUAUGGGAUUUACAAAAAAAAAAAAACACACACACUGACUGAAAAUCAAAGACAACAAACUCUGAAACAGGGAUGUCUUGGAUUAUUUGUCAAGGGACCGCAGCACCUCGGAGGACCUAAAGACAGCUGAUGAUAAAGAGGAAAGGAACACUAAAGGAGGGGGCGCAGAGAGAGGGGCCGCGGAGCGCGAGAGGGUGCAGCCGAGGUCGCCUCUGUCGAUUUAAAAUACGGCCGUCUCUGUUGUUGAUCUGUUGGAAAAGGGUGCUUUAUGUGCCGCUGUCAUGGCAACUGCAACCACAAUGCUGGCACACAUUUCCUGAGGACCACUACAGCCACUCCUCAACUUGACCCCCCUCCCGCCCUCAGCACACAUCUGCGCAGUCACAGCCGCUCCUGUUGCUAUUUUUGGCUCCUCUUAGCUUUUUCAGUUGUGUGUUUUUCUGUUGUUGUACAUUUUGUGUUUUCCUUUUUUUCUCCUGUUUUUGUUCGCUCUUUCUUCCACCUCUCACCGCCUUUCCACUGAAGUAGCUCGAGUGUAAUUAAGGUUCACUGAUCUGGAUCCUUAAAAAGGGGGACCUUGGGAGGGUGGGAGUCUCUGCCAGUUUGGCCUCAGAGCAGGGUUUGCUCUCGUUUGUCACUUCACGAAACUCCAGGUGUGGGUCUGUGAAGAGCAGCUGUGGGACCAUCUGUCUGAGGACGGUGCAGCAGCAGCAGGUGCGCUGCAUCUCCAUCUCCAACCAGGCGCAGCUGGGAAGCAGGUAGCAGCGACGGGGGAGGGGGUGGGCCUUCCUGUGCAGCUGGACAGGAGGUUCCAUAAAGGAGAAUGCCACUCAAUGUAAGAUGUUGCAUUAUGUUAUUUAUAACAGACAUUAGUGAGCUACUUUGCUUAAGCUAAAGCCAUGACACUGAGACACAUCUUUGCCAAUAACUAUCAGACUGUGAAUUUUAAAAACAAAACAUGAAACACCUCGUGUAUUUGUAGUAAGUUUAGAAACAGGCAGAGCGGCCUCUCCAUGGUAUUUCUCCGUGGUGUUACAUUUCACUUAAUAUCUUUAGACAGCAAGACAGUAUUAAAUUUUAUACAUAGAAGCUGACAUUAUCUGAGGUUUAAAAAAAAAUAACAAGUGAAUGACAAAUAUUGGUGGUAUUCUCCUUUAAUGUUGGACAGGAAACAAGCCAGGAGCAACUUUUGACCUUUUGUAGGAACAGUGAAGGCACCAGGACUGCGGGUCAGGUCCAUGCAUGGGGCUGAGCCUCAGCGCGCUGCCCCUGAGGCCCGUGAUUGACACACACACACACACACACACAGACAGACACAGACAUUGACAGUCAUCACACACACUGUACUGUAAAAUCCAAACGUCAGCGCUGCAUUGUUAUAGUUGAAUUUAUCGUUCUUAUUAACUCCGGCAAAUAUAAAAAUACGACCCCGAGCCUGAGCUGGUGUCUUCAGAUCUUCUGUUUGUAUUUUACAUUUUUUCUGGCACAUCCUCUUCAGCACUUUCUCCUAGUCUAACUUUAUUCUAAGGAGCUUGUGCUUAAGGAUGAAAAUUCAUAUAAUUUUUUUUUUUAACUCAUUAAUUAAACUCACAUUUAUAAGACACUGAUUCACCAAUCUGGAAAAUCUCUCUGCAUUAACUUCCCAUCAGUCUGAAGGCUCUCUAACCAAAAAAGUUCUCGACCUCCAUGUCUGGAGUGACAUCCCUCCAAGGCUGCAGCCUCCAAUAAACUCCAUCCUGACAGCUGAAUGUUACAUGAGAUAAACAUGUUGUUUAUCCCCCCUGACAGAAAAUUAGACUUAAAAAAUGCAUGUUGAAUAGAACGUAUCUGCAUUUUAACCACAGACAGCCCUGACUAGAUUUCUGUUAGAGUAAAAGAAACUCAGUGUGAUGAUCUUUGGUUAAGUUCUGCAGCUGAACAGACAAAUUUGAUCAACAUUAAACUAGUUCAGUAUCCAGAUCUUUACGAAUGAAGUUAUUUGACAACCUGCUCCUCUCUCAGAAAAACCAAGUGUGUGUCCGUGUGUGUCGGGUCAAUCACGGGGCUCAGCCGUCGAGUCUUUGAGUUUUCUUGUUUUUGUAUUUCUGUUUCUGCUCGGCUUCUCUGACUCUCGGCCCGAUGAUGUAAACUGCUAACUAUUCACUCUGCAGUGCCCUGUCUUGGUUGGUUAAGUAUUGUGCCAUGACCUGUUUUUGUUUAAUAAUGUACAGACACAAAAGGCAGGAUUUCUGUAUUAGAAAGCACUGUGCAUUCAACAGUAUAGGUAACAGAAAUAGAAGCACCACAAAUGUAUAAAAAAAGAGAACUUCUUACCUCAUUGUUUUUUGUUUCUGCUAUUAUUUUCUAAUGGUGGCAAUGUGUGCCCUCUAAUUUGUCUCUUGCCUUGAUCGGAUGUCUUCACAUAAAGCCUAUGAUCAUAGGAAAUUAUUUAUCACUGAAUAAAACCAGAAAAAGUGGGUGUGUGUGUGACUCUGACACAGUCUGUACGAGUUAUUGUGCUUAUUUCAAAGGAUCUGGAGUACAAAUGUGUUUACAGCCGGCGUGAUAGUUGAGAAAACAGCUGAUGAUUUUAUCUCGUCAACAUUUAAAUCUGAAAAUCAAUUUGCUUUCUCCGCAGGAUGGAGUCUAAAUAUCUUACCACUUCAUCCAGUCUGAGAACGAAAGAUUUAAGUGCGGUCCCUGAGGAUGCAUUAGUGAAAGGACUAUUUUUGUUCGCAGAGUACAUCUGUUAAACGCUGAGAACAAACCCUCUCCUACCUCGCAGUAUUGACUGAGAAUCAAGAGUUUCUCCACUCAGCAGUGACCUCAAGAUCUAUUUUUAGGCAACUAACGUCAGAGCUGAAUUGAUUGCUUGGCCCGGGAUUUUAAGGUUUUUAAUUUGCGCAUUUAACAUCCUGCGAAAGUAACUGUUUGAUCGGAAAAUCAGGACAUGUACGAGCUGAACCCUUUACUAGAUAUUUGUGAGUUAUCAGAGUUGUCUUACACUCUUUAAAUGGACUUCAGGACUGUUUUCGAAUGCUAAAUAAAGGAAUUUUAAACAUAAUUAAAACUACAAGUAAACAGGAUUAACUGUUAAUAUUCAAAGAUUGAUUGUAAUAUAAAAAAUAAAACCUUUUUCAGCCGUCUUAAAAUCUCUUAUUGAGGGAGAUUCAGGCUUUUUCCACCGGCUAACUCUGCCAUCGAAUUAUGUUUUUGGACAACUUCUGUGGUGAAAAGUUCAGGAGUUGAGUUUCUCAAUAUAAGCUUAUAGACAAAAAAAAAAUGAGCCUACAAGGAUGAGGAUGUCAGCAAAUCAAUACAGGAAUUUUGAGUUGGUCUGUGUAGUUUGCAAAUCCCAGAAACAGCAACUUAACUUACUGUCUGUGAUCCCUGGAGGGUUUACUGUCAUUUCUGUGUUUCUAAUGAAAGUUUUGGUCGAAGGAUUUCUUCUCUAUCUACAGUCUUUGUGCCAAACUAAGCUAAUAAACUUAAUGUCUGCAGCUUUACGCAGUUAGAUUCAAAACCUGCUUCAUACUGUUAUCAGAGCAGUUAAAAGUCACUUCUUGGCUGUUUUUCUGCAGCAUUGUCACCUACUCUGGUUCCUUUAAUGACCAGGUUAAACUAUUACUGUCUGUCUCCACACACCAGGAGCGAGUAAAAUCAUUUGCGUGAAUGUAUUACAUAUUAAGUCAAUGCAAAGACGCGAUUAGACGCUACUACUACUCUGAAACGAAUUGGGCAAGAGAUGAAAAUGUCUCAACUUGAGUGGACAUUCAUGUCGCGAUAACUUUUUUCCCUCAACUUUAAUGAAAGUUAUAACAACAAACAAUUCAGCAUUUCUGGUUCAGGUUUCAUACAAAAUAGUAAUGCAGCAAAGAUAUAUAUAUGACAAUGUGUAACAGUGAUUAAGCAAAAUAAUCAGGCGACAGACAGCAUCGCGAUAACUAAUGCUGCGUUUGCGUUACCUCGGAAGUCAGAAGUCCGAGCUGAAAAUGACGUCAAACCCGAGUUCCCAGCGUUUUAGUUACCAAAUCGGAAAAAAAGCCUCAUGUUUGUUCAAGGCAAGCGCUAAAAUAACGUUCGUAGAUGUAACCAUCUUGUUUCAGGACUCCAAUUUUGCCUUUUUCCGACUUGGUAACUCGGGUGUGACGUCAUUUUCAGCCCGGACUUCUGACGUAACUUGAACGCAGCACAAUCGGCGCGAAGGUUGCCGGGUGACGUAUGAAAAUGGACGGUUGUUUACUGAUAUUUAAAAUUUAAAAUGGCGGACAAACCGACCGUGUCGGUGUGUGGGUGCCCCAGAAUUAUAUGCUACCUUUUCUUUCAAUUACCGAAACCGGAAUAGAAUGGAGCUUGCCUGGAGGAAAGUGAGUGAGGAGGUCGGAUUACCUGGUAAGUUGUUAAAAACCUUUGUCUAUCACUGUAUUGGCAGGGAUACCGUUGAAAUUACCGUUGAAUCGCGAAUGUACCGAGUAAAUACUAUUCAUUCAAGCGAUUUUACUCCCAAUUAUUCUCUCAUUUAAAUGUCCAAACAGGUGCAACUGUUAGAGAGCACGGUUAAAAAUCUACAAUUAAACCGAUUUCUCACACUUGUGAUGUGAGUCAGGGUGUUCAGCUCUCAGCUCCAGCCAUAUUCAUGCUUGUCACACAUUCAGCUGGACGAGUCAGUUUAAUUUAUUUGUCAUUUUCUUGCUGUCAUUGUGCGCCGGAGAUUGGACAGCUCGGCUCCUCUCUAAGGCCUGCACCUCCAUUAGCCUCUGAGUGACCUGCACAGAGGAGUUUAGCAUGAGCCGGUUCUGUGCAGAUCUUCCAAGAGGGUUCAGGGAUGGAGGAUUAAUUUUAGUGUCUGUUUUAUGUUUUAUACAGUUUGUACUUUACUGCCAAACUCUUUGGUGAGACUCUUACCUUCAGUCUAUAUCCGCAAACCUGCAGAAAAACCAACAAAAUGAAAAAUAAAGGUGGAGUAACACCUCAUAUACAGACUUUGGCAGUCAUUUAAAAUGUCUUAAAUUGAUGUAUGAAAAAAAAAUCAAACAGAGGAGUCAUUUUGGAAAAUUCGAGCCAAAGUGAGAGAGGCUUAUGUUUGCUGUACCUUAAAGGGAUAUUCUGGCGUAGAAUUACGUAAGGGUCAAACACACUGAAACACCAAGAUAGACACCCCGUCAAGAGAUGAAUGUUGCCGACCGUUUGCUUCUCGAGUUAUACCAACUUUAGUAACAACCGCAGAUAGCAAUACAAUACAGAGAGCCACGCACUCAACCAAAAUGCCAAUCUACGGCCACAAAUAAUGCUCAGAACAGCACCUAAUGUCAUCACCUCCGGACGAUUCCAUCCAUGAUUGUUUCUUUAUGGAAAUGCAAUCAGAUCGAGACGUUAAGGCAGAAGAACUACUGCGUCUACAGUGCAAAAUUAUUAAUAUGCUAAUUAUUUCUUGAAGGAAAUGAUAAAGUAAUGAUCAUAAAUGUUCUUCCUUGAGCUGAGUCACCCCGCUGCAGUUGAUGGACUCACCCGAAGGUCUCCGUACAAACAAGCGGCUGCUAGAACAGAGUAGGUGAGCUGUGUUUAGUCUCUUUGCUAAAGAAAUCAGGCAAAGUUAAAAAGAUGUUUGGUGGCUAGUACUAUGGCUGGGACCCUAUAUUGUUGAUGAAGUUAGGUGCUGUUCUGAGCAUUAUUUGUGGCUAUAGAGUGGGGUUUUGGUUGAGCGCGUGGCUCUCUGCGGUCGUUACUAAAGUUGGUAUAACUAGCGAAGCAAGCAGUCUGCAACAUUCAUCUCUCGACCGGGUGUCUUACUUGGUGUAACAGUGUGUUUGACCCGAACUUAAUUUUACGCCGGAAUAUCCCUUUAAUUUCCAUAUUCCUCCUUUUCAUUCCAGCAUUUGUGUUCGUGUGUGCGUGUCACCCUGCACGAAAGGGACAGACGACCGGAUCGAGUCACCCCGCGAGGACUCGCAGAUGAAGGUGCUAGACUUGAUUUAGUCAGACCCCCCUGAUCGGCAGCAGAUGCUUAAUGGUGACUUAUUGGAGGAGAGAUCAGCAGUGACAGAUCUCAGAGUGGUUCUCACAGUCCAGAUGGAGGUGAGACCUUUUCUCAGGUCAAACGUUCUCUGUUUAAACUCACCAGCCAGUUUGCCGAAGCAGUUAUUUGUGCUGUGCUGUGUCAUUGGAAACUUCCACACCAUCUUUUUUCCAUUAUUAUGAUAAAAAACAAGCAUUUGCGAGCCAGAUUUGUGCCGCAAUACACCAGAUCGUAAUAAACUGCACAAAGAAGCCGCUUUAAUUAAGAUAAUUAUCAGCUUUAUGAGGAUUGUAACUCCUCGAAAGUAGCUGCCGGCUCUGCGGUACUAAGAGAUUAUUUUUCUGCAUCACAGCAUCUAUGAGCAGAUUUUUUUCUCUCCCUGUGAAAAUGUUACAUAUGUUAAAUGAGACAUCUCAAAGCAAUGAUCCUUUUCUAAUUCUCUGAAAACGUCUGUCAUUUAACAAGAGCCUGCCGUCUGCUGACCUGGUGUUUCCGUGCAGAUUUCAGCCGUAUCUGUUUCACGUUUAAUUUGCUUUUAUUACACCGAGUCUCGGCGAAGUGAGAGUUUGAAUAAUUUUAUUUCACACUUGCAGGGAGAGUAAAAUAGAUUCUGCUGCUCUUGGGAAUGAGAUGCUGCUCUGGAGCUGUUUGUUUUCUGCACUAUUUGGGAUUUACAACCAUGAAUAUCUUAUUUUUUAAGCAGAAAUAUUCAAAUAAGUCCUCCAGUAAAGGUCAGUUUGCCAUUUUUCCACUCCAGAUGUCUGCCUGCAUGUUUCAACCCGACAGCAGUAUCUUGACAUAACACCUGAGCGUGCAUCUUGAGUAUUUCUCAUGAAUAAUGUGCUGAAAUCUGUCCAGGUGCGUUAACAUGACAUAAUCUGAGUGGGUGAAAACAAACACAGAGAAGGUUUCCAGUGGAGAUGCUGCAGCAGCAUGUAAAGCUUUGUUUCAUAAUCACUGUUUUUUAACGCACAGCGCUCCUCUCCCUCUGAGUGUCGUGUCCAUGUGUUGCAGAGAGGCGUCCCUUCGCACAGGGAGAUAGAUUAUUUUGUCAGCACCCUGCCAAGCUCGCUUAGAUGGAAGUAUGGGCACCAUCUGUUCACAAGAGGCUGAUCCAGAUCUCUGUAGUCCACCUUAUCUAUCUUUCUGUUUAUCCACCUGAUUGUCAUGUUUUACCGUCAUGGUACAGUGGGUAGCAUUUAGCAGGAAAAAUGGAAAUCAGUGUGACUAUGACAGUUAACUCAAAUUAUACCUUUAUCAUCGACAUAGGAGAAGAUCCAUGUCCAUUAAAUCCACCAUCUUGCACCACCAUGUUUCUACAGUAGCACACACUGGACAAAAUAGUGACAACCUGGCAUUAAGGGUGGGGUAGGCAGGAAUCCGUUAAAAAAAAGCAUCUUUUUUUGUGGUUUAUAUUCAAAAAACUUCCAAUAUCAGUCAAAAGCUAUUCGUUAUUGAUAAGAUUUGGGAAUAUCAUGAUAUCACUGUGUUUUCUUAUGCCUGUUAAGUCAACAUUUUAAAGUUUUGAGUGUCCCGUUCAUUCUGACUGUAAACAAAGCUAUCCUCCACCUCCCCCAAUCUGGUUGGUUGUGAGGCACAAAAGCAGAACUCUUGUGACCAGUUCGGGGAUCCGCAGCAGAACGGAAAGAAGCGUGUGGAAAUUGACACAUUAACUUGAAUGGAAACGAUCAGCUGCCAUCGUUGGAUAC